AUGCUCACUGCUCAGAGAAUGCUGUUGCUCAUAGCCCUUCCUAAACCGUCGUCUUCGAAACCUUCUGCCUUAGCAACCCCACGUCUGUCGUGUCCUCGGCUCCAUCUCCGCCGCUGCCGCCAUAGCGUUCUUCCUCAAGACGACGACCUCCAUGGAGGGAAAGAUGGAGGGUUUGAAAGACGACGGCCUCCACUCGUGACAGCCGUGGCGUUCUUCCCGGUGAUCCAUGGCGCGGACGUCGUGAGCUUCAAGGACAUGAGGGACACACUCCUCAAUUUCCCGAGCCUGCUGCCAUUCCUGCUGUCCGACGUGGUGGCGCUGCUGCUCGAUCGAGAAUCCACCGACUACAAGAUCUUUCUAGAAUAUUCUCACGAUGUAUUAAAUUCAGACGGAAUAAUUGUGAACACAUUCGAGAGUUUAGUGGUGAAGUCGUGGGCCCCACAGGUGGCGGUGCUGGAGGCGGUGCGGAAGCUGAACCGGGCGGUGUUGGUGGAGGAGGUGGCGUUGAGAAUAGAGAUGGUGGAGGAUGGGUUUGUGGCAGCGGAGGAGGUGGAGCGGCAAUUGAGGGAGCUGAUGGGGGAGGCGGAUGAGGUGAGGAGGAUGGUGGAGCAGAGCUUGGAGGCGGCGGCAGCCAUGGAGGAAGGAGGUUCCUCUAUUGUUGAGCACGGAAAGCCCGGUGACGUUAGCGAAGGUGAACCCGAGGGUGCCUCCGGCGAGCGGCAGCUCACCAAGCCGGCCGAGGAAGGAGGCUCUAGCGGAGCUAAGGGCGCGCUGGGCGCUGGCCUCUGGGGUCGUUAG